UAUACUUUCCUCAUCUGUGCACAGAAACAGCCCCAUCUAAUCUUAUCUUACAUCAAAUAAACUGAGAAACAUGAAGGUCUUAGCAAUAUUUUGCCUCAUUUGUUUUGCCUUCACAUUCUUCAUUGUUACAACUGGUGCAGCACCUGAGCCAGUGCUUGACACCUCAGGCCAGAAACUGAUCACAGGAGUCAAGUACUAUAUUUUGCCAGUCACAAGAGGCAAAGGUGGUGGCCUAACAGUUGCAAGCACCAGUGCUAACAAUGACACGUGCCCCCUCUUUGUGGUUCAAGAGAAGCUUGAAGUGUUGAAGGGCACCCCAGUUACUUUCACACCCUACAAUGCCAAAACUGGUCUCAUACUAACAUCAACUGAUCUCAACAUCAGGUCCUAUGUCACAAGUAGUACUUGUGCCAAACCCCCAGUGUGGAAGCUCCUCAAAGUGCUAACUGGGGUGUGGUUUUUGAGCACUGGUGGUAUUGAGGGCAAUCCAGGAAUUGACACCAUUGUGAACUGGUUCAAGAUUGAGAAGGCUGAGAAAGACUAUGUGCUCUCUUUUUGUCCCUCAGUGUGCAAAUGCCAGACUUUGUGCAGGGAACUUGGGAUUUAUGUUGAUGAUGAUGGUUACAAGCAUUUGUCUCUUAGUGAUAAGGUUCCAUCCUUCAGGAUUAUGUUCAAGAGGGCCUAAGUUUAUUAAGUUCCAACCAAACCAACACUAAAUGAAUAAAAAUAUAAAACUAGCUAGUCAAAUCAGACUAGUGGUUUUUGGAAAUGACAUGAUUGUAUGAAUAUAAUAAAUGUGCACUUCCUUAAUUUGGUGCACAUUUUGUGAAGGAAAAGAAGUCACUUAGAUCACUAAUGAAUAACCGCUUUAUCAUCUUAUUUCUAUAUA